AUGUCUAUCGCUGAUGACCUAGCACCAAACCAAUCUGAUAAAAAUUAUGAUUCUGAUGACUCAGCAACAUCAAAGUCAAUAUUUAAUAGAUCAUCGUUUCAAAAAAUUGCAUCAGAACCACCAAAUACAAGAUUUAAUCUGAUUUGUUCCGAACAAAUUUCUUCGGCUUGUAAAUCGACGGACUUAGAGCAAGUUUGCAAACCGAAUUCUCCGAUUCGUUUUCUUGAAAAACAAAUUGCUAAUCAAAAUAAAGCAUUACAGGAUCAACAAUCAGAAAUAAUUCAUUUGCAAAAAGUUAUAAAUGAUUUAAAUAAUCAACUGAAUCAUGUGAAACCUGUCAUUAAUUCUGUACCAUACUCACCACAUAUAUAUUCUCGACCAAAUUCAGUUCAUGAUUGUUUGCCUGAAUUUGUUACUCAUCAAUAUGCUGAUUCUAAUGAAUCAAAUCGACAAGUGUAUAUUCAACAUCCUAAUGAAAUUUUUAAUUCUCGUUCAGUUCAAACACCACCAUCGUAUCAUCCUGAUACAAUAGCUGAUGCUAAUCAAACACGUAUGUUACAUGAAGCAUUACAUAAAUUAAGUUUAUCACUUGAAUAUCGUAAUACUCAAAUUGAUGAUCUCAAAAAGGAGAUAACUGAAAUUCGUCAUUUUCAAUCAAAUAUGUAUAAUAAUUUUCUACAAGCACCAUCGAGACCUAUUACAACACCACUAUGUAAUAAUUCUCAUACAUCUGCAUUUACACCAAUGACUGCUGCUGCUAAACCUCAAGCAACAGGUUUAGCUACAAAUACAUUAGCAUCGACAUCGUUUAUGCCAUUUACUAUGUCUCUCGCACACAAUUUGCCUACUUUUAGUGGUAAAGAGUGUGAAAUGCCAACGAAAUUUGUUACUGAAUUUGAAUUACGUGCAACAAGUCUUGUUGGUUAUAAUGAUGAUUAUUUACUACGAGCUGUGCAACAAUCUUUAUCAGAAACCGCACUCACAUGGUAUAUUCAAACACAUCAAGAACAACCUGUUAGUACAUGGGGACAAUUUAAACAAUUAUUUCUAAGUCGAUUUCGAACUCCAGAGAAAAUUGAAUCUUUACAUGGCUGUUUACGUACAUUGUGGCAAGGUGAUAACGAACCAACUGCAGAUUAUUUUGAACGUUUAAAAGCAUUAAUGUCGGAAAUCGAACCGCAAACAUCUUUGGAUUAUAUUAAAAGAAAAUUUUUACAGAAACUCCGAAAAGAUAUACGUGAUAAAAUGACACUUGGUUUAACAUCUAAUUUAUCUGAUCUUGUUCACAAAGCAAUCGAAAUUGAAUCGAAUAUUGUUCGACAAAAAAUUGACGACAAACUUCGUGAUGCACAUAAAGAAGACAACAUUAAUAAAAAGCCUACAACUAUUAAUAACUUGUCAAAUACUUUUCAGCAAAAUUCAUCAUCUUCGACAACUUGUAAUGAGCAAAUGUCAAAUGAUAAUUAUAAUAAUAAUUUUAGCAUCACAAGUAACAAACAUAACCAAAAUCAUCCGACCAAUAAUAAAUAUUCCAGAACAUUUACAAAUUCAAUAACAUUACCUACUCGAUCAUCUCAAACUCGCCACGAACAUUUUACCUCUCGACAAAAUUUUCAUCAAAAUAUGACGGUAAGACCCCGAAAUAAUAAUCGAUGGUGCUCUUUUUGUUCAAGUGCAACUCAUGAUUGGCUUUACUGUUAUUCUAAUCCAAAUGGUAUUAAUUAUGAUCCAAAAAAAGAUCGCUAUUUACAACAACAGCAAUCUUGUCCUCAAACAAAAUUAUUGCCUCAUUAUUCUCAACAAUAUCAUCAACAAAACAGGGAGUCGGCCAUAGAGGAGCAACCGAUUCCGACAUCAAUCUCCUCACAUAAUUUACCCUCUUUAUCAUCGAGUGAACCAUUUAUAACAUCAUCUCAAGCUCUUUCUUCUACAUCUAUUACUACUGAUCCAUAUACGAAUUUAGAUAUACCAAUAGCUUCAUCUACAUCACCAACUACAUCAAGCGAUAUAAAUUCUGAUACACAAUCAUCCUUUUUCAAUGGCAUUAAACCCGCUUCAUCAUCUGCAUCUUAUUUGAUAGCUGAAGCCAAAAUCAAUGGUAUUCGUGGUGUUGUACUUCUUGAUACAGGAUCCGGUCGCACUAUAAUUAGUUCUCAACAUUGGUCUAUUAUUGGUGAUAAAUCUAUUAGACCUACACCAUACAUCGGUCCUGACAUUCAAGGACCUGAAGGUAGUUCUAUUAAUCCUGUUGGAUGGGUGAUAGUUGAUAUUGCUAUCGCUGGUAUUAUUGUUCCACAUAAAGCUAUUUUAGCUAAAAAAUUUACACAUUUCAUUUUAAUCGGUAAUGACUUUAUGAAGACUAAUGGGCUUGUACUUGAUAUUCAAGCUAAUAAAAUGUGGAUACGUUCUAUGCCUGAUCUCAAGUAUGACAUUUCAUCCGAUAUUAUAAAUGCAGGACGCAUUGACAUACCACUUAUUUCUACUCAACGACGUAGUAUUCCACCAUAUCAUGUUGCAUUUAUUCAAGUUAAAACACCACAUUCUAUUUCAUCAGAUGCUUGGGAAGCAUCAGUUAGUGGUAUUCGACGACAUGUUAUUGCUGCUAACUCUUUAGUUCGUAUUAAAAACCAAUGCUGCCUGAUUCAAGUUAUCAAUUGUUCAUCAAAAUCUCAAGUCAUUUAUCCUGGUCAAUAUUUGGCUAUUGCAGAUUUAUAUGAUGACGAUGUUAAUAAUUCUAAUUGCGUUUCACCUCUGCUGUCAACAUCAACAUCGUUGUUCAAUAUUACUGAUUUCUCUCGUCGAAUUAAUUGUUAUAAUAAAUUUGAUAAAUCACCUCAGAAUAAAAAUUGUUCAUGUAACAAUUCUACUGAUAUUAAUCAACAAAAUAUACAAUUAUCCAAUUAUGUUCAACCGAAUUCGUCUAACUUACAAGCUUCGAUAAUAUUUUCUCUUCAUUCUAGCCUUAAACCUGAUACACUAUUUACUGAGCAGAAUGAUACAUCAACUGUUAAGCUAUAUGAUUUCCUAACCGAUUUAAAUCUUAGUGAUACUGAUCUUACAAUCAAUGAAAGUGAACAAUUAAAAUUGCUUCUUGUUAAAUACUAUAAAUGCUUUGAAGAUCAGCUAGGACGUACUUCUCUAAUUCAGCAUCAUAUUGAUACUGGUAACACUAAACCAAUUAAAUUACGUCCGUAUCGUGUUUCACCUGCACGAAAAGAAAUAAUCUCUACUGAAAUUACAAAAAUGAUAAAUGCUGGUAUUAUUGAACCAUGUAAUAGUCCCUAUGCUGCACCAAUAACAUUACAACCAAAAAAAGACGGUACAUUGCGAUUUUGUAUCGACUUUCGUGAAUUAAACGCUGUUACCGUACGUGAUGUUUAUCCAAUACCACGCAUUGAUGACACUCUCGAUCAAUUACAACAUGCAAAAUAUUUUACAUCAAUGGAUCUUCGAAGUGGAUUUUGGCAAAUCGAACUUGAUUCAGCUAGUCGUGAUAAAACUGCAUUUAUAUGUCAUGCUGGUCUCUUUCGUUUUCGUGUAAUGCCAUUCGGUCUAACCAAUGCUCCAGCUACAUUUCAACGUUUGAUGGAUUUAGUGUUAGGUGGUUUAAAGUGGUCAUGCGCACUAGUCUAUCUUGAUGAUAUAAUUGUUUAUUCAUCUUCUUUCAACGAUCAUUUACAUCAUAUCGAACUUGUACUUGAACAAAUUCAACAAAGUGGUUUAACACUCAAAAUAAAUAAGUGCCAAUUUUGUAAAACUCAUCUGAAAUAUCUCGGUCAUAUCGUUUCAAAAGAAGGAAUUCGACCAGAUCCUGACAAAUUAACAGCUGUACGUGAAUAUCCUGUACCAACAAAAUUAAAAGCUGUUCGUACUUUUCUCGGCCUUUCAAGCUAUUAUCGUCGUUUUAUUAAGAAUUAUGCUACAAUUGCUGAACCCUUAAUUGCGCUUACACGUUGUUCUCAUUUCAAAAUUUUUAACUGGACUGAAGACUGUCAAAAAUCAUUUGAUACAUUACGUCAAUGCUUAAUUGAAGCUCCAAUUAUUGCUUAUCCUCGAUUUGAUCAACCAUUUAUUUUACAAUUAGAUGCAUCUGAUGUCGGUCUUUCAGCUAUUCUUGCUCAAAAACUAAUGGAUGAUGAUGGUAUUUCUCGAGAACAUGUUAUUGGCUAUGCUAGUCGUACACUUUCUACAUCUGAACGUAAAUAUAGUCCAACAGAACGUGAAUGUUUAGCAAUUGUUUAUGGAUGUAAUUAUUAUCGUCCGUAUCUCGAAGGUACUCGCUUUACUGCUGUAACUGAUCAUAAAGCUCUUAAAUGGCUUCAUUCAACCAAAGAUCUGAAUAGUCGAUUGGCCCGGUGGGCGAUUCAAAUUGCUGCUUAUGAUGUUGAUAUUCAACACCGGCCUGGUAGAGAAAAUGGACCACCUGAUGCAUUGUCUCGUUAUCCUAUUAAUGUUACUAUUAAUAAUAAUGAUGAUGAUGAAUUUUCUAUGAUAUCUACACUUACAUCUGACGUUGUCAAUAAUAAUAUUAUCGAUCAUUUAUUUUUAACUUCAACUGAUCCCGGUGCUUUACUACUUCUUGAUUAUUUUCGGUAUGAUUUACUACCUCCACAAGAUUUAUCGAUUCCGAUUUAUCUAUUACCUACUCCUACAACAUCUGCUCAACUAUUAGAUACGACUAUAGCCAAUAUUCAUUUUGCUGAAAAUAUUGAUUUAUAUGAACAAAUUCGUGCAGCCCAAUGGAAAGAUUCGUCGCUUUUACCAUUACUCAAUUAUCUUCAAAAUCAAAUAGCGCCAACAGUUGAAAAUCUUAACAAAUUUUAUACUUUAGCCCGUUUAUAUCGAGUAAUAGAUGGAAGUCUUUAUCGUAUAUUUCUUACUCGCUGUUCAUCUGAUAAUCAACAGCCUAUUACAUCUUCAUCAUCUCAACGUUUACUUCUUGUCAUCCCAUCGUCAGAAGUGUCACAAAUCAUGCAAUUGGCUCACGACCAUGCCACAGCUGCUCAUCUCGGUCGUCGUAAAACAUUGUCUCGACUAAUUUCUCGUUUCUAUUGGCCUCAUAUGCGGCGUGAUGUUGCUAAUUAUGUACGAGCAUGUAUCUUAUGCCAACAAUACAAACCGACUAAUCAAAAACCAGCUGGAUUGAUGAAACCAGUCAUAGUUUCAGAACCAUGGCAUACAGUCGGCAUUGACAUCACUGGACCAUUUACAAAAACUCGGCGAGGUAAUAGCUUUAUUCUAGUGGUAGUCGAUUAUUUUACCAAAUGGGUAGAACUAUUUCCACUUCAAUCUAUUAAAGCAGCUACAAUUGCUCAAGUUUUUCUCGACGAAGUUAUAUGCCGCUUCGGAUUUCCUAUUCGUGUUAUAUCUGAUAACGGUGUGCAAUUCCUUUCGAAAGUAUUUACUCAAUUAUGUGAUCUUCUCGGUAUUCAUCAUCAACGCACUCCUCUUUACCAUCCACAAAGUAAUUUAAGUGAACGUGUUAAUCGUACAUUAAAACCUCUAUUAGCGUCACUUGCGCAUAAUGAUUCAAAAUCAUGGGACUUAAAAUUAUCACAAAUUGCAUUUGCUCUACGCACUGCUCCAAGCGAGUCAACAGAAAAUACACCUGCUUUUCUUAUGUUCGGUCGCCAUCCACGGCAACCACUCGAUUUACUUUUAUCGCCACCUCCUGUUACUGACCAGUUGCCAUCUUCACAUGAAUUAUCUACUUAUCGUAAACGAUUGUUAGAAGAAUUAUUACCUGCUUACAAAAUCGCACGUGAACUACUUGAUAUUUCUCAUGAAACGCAAACUCGUAAUUACAAUAUUCAUCGUCGUCCAUUAGAAUUUGAAUUAGGCGAUUUAGUGUGGGUGGCAAGCUUAUCCGGUAUAGCGAUGGGCAAAUGGCGUGGUGGUAAAAUGCAACCUAGAAGAGAAGGUCCAUAUAAAAUCAUGACUAAACUAUCAUCAGUUACUUACGAAUUAGAACAUACUAUUUCUCAUCGUCGUUUAUCUCCAAUACAUAUAGAACGACUUACACCUUAUUAUUCAUUCACAGCAACGAAUGUCGUGAAUGAUCAAUGA